AAAUGACACAUGCAGUAGUGUAUCAGUAACAGUUUGAACUUUGUACAGGCAAGUGAUAACAAAUAACCCCACUCAAGUGUUUACAUUCAUAUCCUCUUCAUGAUACUUUUAUUGCUCUCUGCUGUCUUUGGAAUGACAGUCUCGAUCGGGUUAUGCAGUUGAUAAGAACUUAUAAAUUUCCAUGAGAAAUUAUUUCUGGAAUUGUUAGUUAGUUAAGUAGCACAAAUUUACAGAAAUGGUGAACUAUGUGGAAUUGAUACAAAGCAGUAUUUUAUUAUGGCUCUACUUACAAACAGCCUGGGUUUUCUUCAUUAAUUUUCUAUACUUUACUAUACCAUGGCUUAUAUGGGGGGCUAUUAUUAUUUUCUUCGUUAUGAGAUUUGGAAUCAGAGUUCCUCCUCCUAAUGAUAGUGCUGUGAAGAAGGUACUUGGAGUUAAUCCAAUGGAUAUUGAAGAAAAGCAUGAUUUCAUUUUAAGCAAAGAAGAACCUGAAGAAAAUAAACAGUAUUGUAUGAAAGUUGUAGCACAUAGAGGAGGGGGAUUUGAUUAUCCUGAAAAUAGUAUGUCUGCUUUCCGUAAUAGCUAUAACAGAGGCUGUGAUGCAAUCGAAUUUGAUUUGGCUAUGACAAAAGACAAUAUUCCUAUUUUAUUUCAUGAUGUAACUAUUGAUAGACUAACUGGACUGAAUGGCAAAAUCAAAGACAUGACAUGGAACGAAUUAAAGGAUUAUGAUAUUUCAACAACUCAUCCUCUUCGACCUAUGUUCAAUAAUGAAAGUGAAAAAAUUGCAUUAUUUGAAGAGGUAUUAGUAGAAACAUUGAAAAGAAGUCAACGUAUGUUUAUUGACAUUAAAGCAACAGGCAAUGAAGUAGUCGAAGUAGUUUUAGAUGCAUAUAAAAGACACCCACAACUUUAUGAAAAGGCUGUCAUAACAAGUUUUAAUCCUAUCACUAUUUAUAUGAUAAGAAGACAAAAUCCUCGUAUUGUAGCAGGUAUGGCAUGGAGACCUCAAUUUUUGACCAUGAUAAACUAUAACGGAAAUAAAGGACCACACAAACCUCGUUUUAGAAAUAUUUUCAAACACAUUCUUGCUAUGAUAGUGGAUGGUUUUCACGAUUGGGCCUUAGGAAGAAUAACUUAUUAUAUCCUUGGAUUAUCUUUCAUAUUACUACAAAAAGAUGUCAUCAGUCCUGAUGUAAUACGAGAAUGGAAUGAAAGAAAUGUUCGAGUUAUUGCUUGGACAGUCAAUUUACCAACAGAAAAAGUACAUUUUACAAAAAAUCUAAAAAUUACAUAUUUGACUGACACUUUGUUAUCUUAAAAAGAUAAGAUUGCAUUAUAUAAAAUAAUGAAGCUGCCGAACAAUUCUUGUGCAUAAAGAACAAAUAUUUAAAGCUAUUUAUAUUGCCCAGUAUCUUUUACAAAGCUUUUAUAAUCAAUAUUUGACAUUCAAUGUAAAAAUAUAUUAGUCAGUAUUUUAUAAGAAACAUAAUAACACUGAGAACUUGAAUCAUCUACCAAAUUUUCAUAAAAAUAGGAGAAAAGAAACAAUCUUUGAACUAACAAUAGUAAAUCUUAUUUCGAAAAAAUGUAAAUAUAUACAAAUUUUUAUAUAGAAUAUGAGAUUAUCAUUUUAUUAAUAGUUUUAGUUGCAAAUACAU